UUUGAGCGUCAAGUUGAAGUGAAGCUGUAUUCGUCCUGGGUGUCGGUUUGGAAGAUUUGUAUAUUUAUAUUCGCUUUUAUGUCACUUCAGAUUAUUAUUUUAUUUAAUUUUUUCUAAAUUAUAGUUAGAUUUUCUAUACUUUCACGUUUUUAAUGUUAUUUUGAUAACAAAACAGAAACAUAUGCAAGAACGAUGGAAGAAGAGUUGAGAGCGGUGGUGAUUGGAAAGCAUCACUCUGGGAAAACAUCGGUGAUCAACACUAUACUGGAGACCAGAACAGAAGCUGAAGGAGAUGAAGAUGUAAAGAGAGAGGGGAUUAUUGAUGACAGGAGAGUCAGUCUUGUUGAAACUCCUGGCUGGUGGAAAACCUUCAAUCUGAGUGAUUUAUCUAACCUCUCCAAACAGCAGCUGGUUCGCAUGAUUUCCAUGAUUUCACCUGGACCUCAUGUGGUUCUGAUUGUGAUUCAGGCUGAUUCUGCAUUUACUGAAAAUGACGGGAGGUUUCUGGAGGAUUAUGUGGAGAUGCUGGGUCCCAAUGUCUGGACUCACACCCUCGUCAUCUUCACAAGAGGAGAUUUAAUGAAACCAGAAGACAUAGAGCAGAAUAUUCAGAAGGACGGGUCUGCACUCAAGCGACUUAUUGAAAAAUGUGAAAAUAAAUAUCAAGUUUUUAAUAAUUCAAACCAUUACGACCGAACCCAAGUCAAAGAGCUGUUCAAGAAAAUCAAAGGAAUUGUUCGUAAGAAUAACGGCAAGCACUUUGACAUCGAUCUGAAGAAAGUAAAGGAAGUCAACGAGCAGUGGGAGGAAAUUCAGACCAGAGCAAAUUCUAGAAAAUCCAGAGUACAGGAGAAACGGUCAAAAGUUCAAGAAAAAGCAUAUGUGCGUCGUCUUGAGGAGAUCAGAAUUGUUUUGCUGGGAUGGGUUCAUUGUGGAAAGAGUUCAGCUGGAAACACCAUCUUGAACCAAGACACAUUUGCCACAGGAAGGAAGAUUACUGUUUUGGACACUCCAGGCUGGUGGAAGUACUUCGCAUCUGAACUCAACCCAGAUUUCAUUAGAUCUGCGAUCAUAGGAUGUGUUUCAUCAUGUGAGAAGCCCCCUCAUGCCAUACUGCUUGUGAUUCCAGCAGAUACAGCAUUUCAGGAAGAACAAAAGAGGAUCACUGAACAAAAUAUGUCUAUCCUGGGAGACGACAUCUGGAGACACACAAUAGUUUUGUUCACGUGGGGCGAUAGAUUUAAAAACAUCUCAAUCGAGCAGCACAUUGAGAGUGAAGGUGAAGCUCUUCAGUGGCUGAUUGAGAAAUGCAGGAACAGAUAUCACCUCUUUGACAACACAGACAAGAACAAUCGAGAUCAAGUCACAGAGCUGCUCCAGAAGAUUGAUGAGAUGGUGGAAGAAAACUGCUUGUUCCAUGUCAACACACAGAAAAACUGUGAUUCAGAAACAAGCCAUCAGAGAAAUGACACCGAGGAGGAUCUGAAUAUACCGAUCAGACUGAAGGAUGUCUGCAACUUUCUUGAAGUGGCAUUUAAAAUAAAAGCUGAAGAGAUAAGAAAGAAGAUACAAAACUUAUAUGAGCAGAUCAUGGAAGAUUGUCUAAUCCUUGAGGAUUCUCGGAGUAUGAAUUUUCCUCCUGACUAUGACGAUAAACCUCCCGAUGACCCACUUCAGCAGGACAGCAUGUCUGAGCCAAUUAAAACUCUUCUGGAGAGAGAGUUCAUCAGAUGGGAAACUAUCAUCAUAGAUGGUGUUCGAGAAAGUUUACAGGACAUUAAAUCAUUAAUUGAUCUAUCUCAGGCUGAGAAGAGGCAACAGUCAGUGGAUGCUGUUGAGAGAUGGCUACAGAACUACAAUCAAUAUGUUGAACAUACUAUUGAUAAAAUACAAGAUCCAGAAUCAGGGAUCAGGUCAAAGAGAAGGAAGAUAUAUUAAUAUUUUUGACUCAUUUCACUAUUAACUAAAAUAGAGAGAGCACUGUGUGUAAAUAUGUUUUAAUACACACACCCUGUGUGGUUAUGCCAAGAGUUCAGGUAACGUACUGAGAAAUCAGAUAAAUAUUUAUCUUUCACAUGCAUUCAUUAACUCACGCAAUAACCGGUUCUCACAUGACUUUCAGUACUGAUAAAGUCACUUCAUUAAAUUAACCAUUUUAUACAGACAAACCAAGACCUCUUUUAUCAGAAGUGCUGUUAAUAAACCUUGUUGCUGUUUGUGCUGUAAGUUUGUAGUAUCAUUUUUUUCUGUUGAAUUAAAAGAAACAAUUCACCAGAUCGUUGUGCUGUUGACCGUGAUAAUAACCAGAAGUUCUGGUUUGUAUAAGGAAAAACACACAAUGAGAUUUUUUGUAAAUAACACUUUAACAGUCACCACUGAGAAUCUAUUACUAAAUAUAUUGUAGAAACGUAAUAUUUUGUAAAGUUGCUUUGCAGCUGUUCAUACUGUGAAGGGCACUAUACAAAUAAACUCAAAUUGAAUAUGAUUUUAAGCUGAUGAUUAUCUGUUGUGUGGAACUGUUAACUGUAGAAACAAAGUAAAAGGUCUUAGUGUAAAACAAGAAAUACAAGUAAACAAAAGACUUCAGGUGCUCUGUGGUUUUGCUGAACUUAUCAAAUUCUACAUCUACCUUCCAAUAGAAUUAUCUGAUCCAACACGUGGACAUCAAUAUAAUGAAUGAUCAAAAAUGUACAGUACAUGACAUUUAAGCGUUCAAAUGCACAUUUUAUUCAUACAAAGUAUUUCUAAACCAGAGCCUUAGUGAUUAAAGAGCAGUUAUUUUCUAUUUCAUUUACUUUCAUUCUACUCCAGGUACUCUACCUGUUGUAAUGUUCCUCUGAAGAAGUAUUUUUGAUUAUGAUUUGUUUGUCCCCUUGAAUUGCAAAAAAU